CAACGACUUUUAAUUAAAGCACGAGAGUGUACUAAACCACGGCAAACUGCUGGUUAUCUUUAAACAUUCCUUUAAAACUAAAAAAAAAGUCGAUUAGAAUGUCAAAACAAGCCACAGAUCUGGAAACUCCAGUGCCCCAGCAGACGGUAGUGCCUGCAUUUGAUCCCACGAUCCUGCCGGACAUGCUGCCCGUUUACUACAGGCGUCUCUUUCCGCAUCAGCCGUUCUAUCGCUGGCUCUCCUACGGACUCUCUGAGGAUGGCGUCUUCUGUAACCGGGAAAUAUCCUUUACCCUUCACGAUGACAUCUACAUUCGUUACCUCUGCUUCGAAACCCAGGCAGAGCUGGAAAAGGAGAUUUGCUCGCGAAAUCCGUACAAAAUCGACAUUGGACCCGUGAUGCACACCAGGCCAACGAACUUUCGCAUAGUUCCGGGCGGUCUGACCCCCGUGCAACGCGAGCUAGUGUUCGAUAUCGAUAUGACAGACUAUGACGAGGUCCGAACCUGUUGCUCGGGUGCCGAGGUGUGCCUCAAGUGUUGGAAAUUCAUGGUACUGGCGGCACGCGUCUUGGAUCUCGCACUGCGCGAGGAUUUUGGCUUCGAGCACAUACUGUGGGUCUUCUCUGGACGUCGUGGCAUCCAUUGCUGGGUGUGUGAUCAUCAGGCGCGUCAUUUGGACGGCCGCGGCCGCUAUGCCGUGGCUGAGUAUUUGAAUAUUGUAAGCUACGUAAAUUUUAUGGGCAGCAACUCGCCGAGAUGUCAGCUAGGAGAUCGUUCACAUCACAGCUUCAAGCGUGCUUUGAAGAUCAUUGAGCCCCUGUUCGAGGAGAUUAUUAUCGAAGACCAGAAUCUCUUUGGCACACCCAAGGGUGUCAAUAAGCUGCUGCACAUGAUCCACGACGACGGAGCCCGUACUGAGUUCGAGGGCUAUCUGCAGAAAAGCCAUGAGGAUGGAGCCCACUCAAGGUUGAUUUGGGAAAGCUUCGUCAAGUAUUCCAAUUCUAUGCGGACGUCGACGGCCAAUGUGUGGAGUCGCAAGCUGAAAAACAUUGUCCAGGAGGUGCAGCUGUGCCUGCUCUAUCCGCGCCUGGACAUCAACGUGACCAGGGGAUUCAACCAUUUGCUGAAAUCUCCAUUCUGCAUACAUCCAGCCACGGGCAAGGUCUGUGUGCCAUUCAGCGUCAAUGCCGUGGCCAAGUUCGAUCCCACCACGGUGCCCACCAUCACUCAACUGCUGCACGAGAUCAAUGCCUACGAUGACAAGACCAAGAGCUAUAUGGAGGCCCCAGAGGACAAGAGUCGCAUCAAGGACCACAAGAAGACCAGCAUGUUCAAGGGCGUGGUGGUGUUUGAGGAGUUCCUGCGAAAGCUGGAACGCAGCAACAAAGAACGCACUAACGUCUUGCAGUUCUGAAUAAAGGAUUGAUUUCAGUGCGGCUUUCGAUGUUACUUUUAUUUAUGUAUUAGUAUGAUUAGGCUACCAACAAUAAAUAGACUAAACGAUUGCAUGCGA